AUGGGGGCUGGAGCUAGCGCUGAGGAGAAACGCUCCAGAGAGCUGGAGAAGAGGCUGAAGGAGGAUGCCGACAAGGAUGCAAGAACUGUCAAGCUGCUGCUGCUAGGUGCGGGAGAAUCUGGCAAGAGUACCAUUGUCAAACAGAUGAAAAUUAUCCACAAAGAUGGUUACUCGCUUGAAGAGUGCUUGGAGUUUAUCACCAUCAUCUACAGCAACACCCUGCAGUCCAUCAUGGCCAUUGUUAAGGCCAUGAACACACUCAAUAUUAACUAUGGCCACACUGAUCAACAGGACGAUGCAAGGAAACUCAUGCAUCUUGCAGACACCAUCGAGGAAGGCACCAUGCCUAAAGAAAUGUCUGACAUCAUUUUACGCCUGUGGAAGGAUUCUGGCAUCCAGGCAUGCUUUGACAGAGCCUCAGAGUACCAGCUUAACGACUCUGCCGGAUACUAUCUGAACGACUUAGAGCGAAUCAUCCAACCAGGCUAUGUGCCCACUGAGCAGGAUGUGCUGCGAUCAAGAGUGAAGACCACUGGUAUCAUUGAGACCACGUUCUCCUUCAAAGAUCUCCAUUUCAGAAUGUUUGAUGUGGGUGGACAGAGGUCUGAAAGGAAGAAGUGGAUUCAUUGUUUCGAAGGUGUCACCUGUAUCAUCUUCAUUGCUGCUUUGAGCGCCUAUGACAUGGUGCUCGUGGAGGACGACGAAGUGAAUCGAAUGCAUGAGAGUCUGCACUUGUUCAAUAGUAUCUGCAACCACCGUUACUUUGCCGCCACCUCCAUUGUACUCUUCCUCAACAAGAAAGAUGUGUUCAUUGAGAAGAUCAAGAAAGCUCAUCUCAGCAUGUGCUUCCCCGAAUAUGAUGGCCCCAACACUUAUGAGGAUGCUGGUAACUACAUCAAACUUCAGUUCCUGGACCUGAACAUGCGCAAAGAUAUCAAAGAAAUCUACUCUCACAUGACCUGUGCCACAGACACAGAAAACGUCAAAUUUGUAUUCGAUGCCGUCACUGACAUCAUCAUCAAAGAAAACCUGAAGGACUGUGGUCUCUUCUAA